GUAAAUGUAGGAUCCAUUACUUUGUAUAUUGUUAUAGUUGGUUUUCCAGCUAUCAGAUUUCCUUUAUACUGAAUUGUUGGAGAGCAGGCAGUCUAUGCAGGAGUGUAUGGUUUCAGCAGUCUCAAUAGUCCCUGGCUAUGAGAGAACAUAAUCCGUUCAGCCUUAGGGGACACGCACUGCAUGUAGGACUCUUUGGACAGUCGGGUAUGCUUCACAGGGCGAAAUACAGCCGACUCCGCAAUGAUUCUAUCACCUCCCUGGAUGAUGGCAUGCAAAGCCCCACGCCAGUGCUGAAGGCGCCUUCUUCAUCCUGCACCUCCUCCUCCUGCCCUCCCUCCACCCCAGGCUCUCCGGCCGACCAAAUUUCCCUGGCAUCUUCAGAGGAGGGCUCAACCACCCUUUGCACUUUCCUCCCCAGGAUGGCCAACAUCAAACUCUCCAACCCGGCUGGCUUGUUGGGACUAAAAAGCUUUGCCCUGGCCGCUAAAGAGGUGCCGAGGACCAAACUGACCAACAGCGUGAUGGCCCACCGUGCCCCUGCAUCCCCGGAGAUCAGUCUAACCAGUUACCUGUCUGCCUCAUCUCCCCUUCCACAAGACUUUCAUAGUGAUAAGUUAGGCACCACCAGCACAAAAAGCCCUGGCCAAGGAGGUGGGCAGCAGCCUGGAACUGAGGGAUCCUUGUCCCUAAACAAGCUAGGAGGAGGAACUAAGCAGACCAGCCAAGACUGCCUGGAAACUGGGAUGACCUACUACGUAAAGUAUAUUGGCUGUUUGGAAGUGCUGCAGUCAAUGAGGAUGCUGGACUUUGGUACCAGAACACAAGUCACAAGAGAAGCCAUCAGCCGGUUGUGUGAGAUUGUGCCAAGUAUAAAAGGAGCAGCAAAGCGGAGGAAGCCUCCAAAUAAAGGCCUGUCUGCUGUUCUGGGGAAGAGUAACCUACAGUUUGCAGGAAUGAAUAUAAAACUUAUAGUAUCGACAAACAUCCUCAGUUUAACUACAGUCGACUCCCAACAGAUUAUUGCCCAUCACCAUAUGCAGUCUAUUUCAUUUGCCUCUGUAGGAGAUCCUGAUGCUACCGAUUAUGUUGCUUAUGUUGCCAAAGAUCCUGUGAAUCAAAGAGCUUGCCAUAUCUUGGAAUGCCCAGAUGGAUUGGCCCAAGAAGUUAUAAGCACUAUAGGGCAAGCUUUUGAACUUCGCUUCAGACAGUUCCUCAAUAAUCCUUCGCCCCUGAUCACACCCCAGGACAGCAGGAUGGCGCAAACAGACAGUGUUGCCUGGACUGUGGAGAGUAAAGAGACCCACGAGUAUUACAAUGAGAUCUCUGGUAAACAGCCCCUGCCAGGUGGGAUACCAGACAUGAGGAUACAAUUGGAGUCAGCAGUGCAGAAAACACAAGGCAACAGCCAGUGUGCAGAGCAGCUGAGAUGGAGCGGCAGCCCACAACACAUCAACGUGUAUGAAAACUGUUCAUUGACACAGAAGCAGCUCUGCCCUACAGUAGAAGCUACUAAGGCUGUUUACAACGGCUUGCCAGACAGCAGCUCUCUUAGUGUUCUCCAGCACAUAAAAGAGCAGCUGAGGAAUGAGGUUUGGUAUCAUGGCAAGAUGUGCAGGAAGGAGGCAGAGAGUCUGCUCACAGACAAUGGGGACUUCUUAGUGCGGGAGAGCACAACCUCGCCAGGCCAGUACGUGCUGAGUGGGUUACAAGAAGGCACCGCCAAGCACUUGCUAUUGGUAGAUCCAGAGGGCAUGGUACGGACAAAGGAUCACUUAUUUAACAGUGUGGGGCAUCUUAUUCGCUACCAUGUGAAAAACCAGCGACCAAUCAUCUCCUCAGGAAGUGAACUGUGUCUGAGGGAGCCAGUCAGGCCAAAGCAGAAGAGCAUUACUGGAUUCCGGAAAUGAAGACAGGUCCCCUUAUGAAUAAAGUCAUUCAUUCAUAGGAGUAAACUGUUAAAUGUGUAUUUCACACUUGCAUGGUCAUACUGCAACUUAUAGUGAUAAAUAUGCUCUUGAUCUGAGCAUAAUACCAAAUCCAUAUCUUUGACAGUAAAAUGCAGCCAAAACAAGCAAUCAAUAAAGUGUGAUCCAUAGCCAAUAUGUGUCAAAGCACAACUGUUUAACUGUAAUGUACAAAAACUAAAAUGUACCUUGACGCAUUAACAGGUUUAAUAGAAUAUAAAAAAUAACUUAAACAUCUUAUGGAUUACAUAAGAUUACACAGGUUUAACAGAAUACAAAAAAUAACCUAAACAUCUUAUGGAAUACAUAAGAUUACACAGCUGAUUCUGUUCACUCAAAAAAUUGCCAAAUUGAAAUCGUGCAGCACAUCCGGCUUGUUGCUUUUAUGUAAGGCUCUGUUUGUCUUCUUUUUUUGCCUUUUGAAAGCACUUUGGUAACAGUUUUACUAUAUCUAUUAUCCCAGCUUGGAGUACAAACCAGGGGUUAAAUUGUGCAGGAUCGCACCGGAUCCCAGAUCUGGUAACUUUUUCUCUGACAGGCCAGAAUUAAACAGUUUUCAACGAUGAAACAUAUGAAAAAAUGUGGCUAGGCAAAGGUUGGCAUACAGCUACCAACACCAACAAUAAAACAUGAAACUUUGAUCCACAAGCAAAUGAGAAUUUGAAGCAUAUAUGGCAGCUACUGUAAAUCAAGGUCAGGACAUUAGGUGAAUAAACAAAAAUGCUAUCCCUCUUCCUUAAUUAUAAGAUCUCGUAGCAUCUGGUUUACAAAUGAAUCCCUGGUACAAACAAUAGUAUUUAAAAAAAAAUUAAAAUUAAAACAAUGCCUGUUUUUCUUUCACUAGUUUUAGCAGUGAACAAAAACCUCUAACUGUAUUUAGAAAGAUGCAAUCCUUCAAUCUUGUCGAUACAUUGAAAAGUUGUAAAAGGAAAAAUUCGAGCAAAACAUGUGUCGUUUAAAAAAAAAAAAAACUAUUGAAGUUUUUCUAGGUGUGCAUCAAGAAUUAUUCAGUUUAAUUUCAACUAAGUUCAAAUGAGUUCAUAAAAUACAAGAGGGCAGUUGCAUGAAAACAAUGUUUGAUUGAAAGAUACAAAAUGAUCCAUAUAGCUGUACACAACGCCUGUUUCACUGUUAACUUUAAAAUACUUCUUUGUAAAUAGUAUCAUUGAUUUUCUGGGCAUA